AGCAUCUUCCCUGCUGGAUGCGAUGGUGAAAGGACUUGGAGUGCUUAACUACAGUGUGACUUAUCAGAGAAGAUGAGGAAUUCUUGGGCAGAGCCCAAGCAUAGGCGGAAUUGGGGGGGAGGGCAGGGCACGUGCCCUAGGCGCCACUGAGGUGGGGGCGCCAUGCCAGCUGCUGCCACCCCCACCCCAUUGCCCACCUGCCCAGCCCCAGGGCCCCUCAGCCACUUGCCUCCAGCUCCGGCCUAGGAUCGGCAGCGAGGCCUAGGAUCGGAGCAGCCUGCAAACUGCAGAGCUCUUCUCUCCCCGCCUCUCAGCUGAUCGGCGGGUGGGCCGGGCUUCCAGAGAGGCCUCCGAGUAGGCCUCCCUGAAGCCUGAACUCGGCAGGCCCCAGCAAGCCAGGAAGGAGGCUGGCAGAGCUCCCUGCAGCAGACCCUCCCUGCAGCAGACCAGACCAUCCAGCACAGCUUUUGCAAGAGGUGACAUCAUGUGACAUCACGCGCAAAGGGGACAUGACCUCAAGCUCCAAAGAGCCCGAGCGAGCGCUUGCUGCCUGAAAGCAUCUAUGCCAGAGGUCCAACCAUACUGGACAGGUCUCACCAGAGGAGCCAGACAAAGAGUGCCUCUCCCAUCAACAAUAUGUAAAUCUGCAGUUUCCAAGAUGGGCGACGUCGUAAUGAAUACCGUAGCGUCAACUGGUGCAGUAUUAAAAAUUAAGAAAUGCCUGGCUGAGGUCAGCUUCUUGCAACUUUGUGCCUUUUUCCUGAGCCUUAGUGGAUGGCUUAUGUGUAUGACAUCCGCAAUCCUUGUCCAGUGGAGAGUGUGGCACUUUAGUAACCACUAUGGUGGAACCAGCAUUGCUUGGAUUGGGAUUUGGGAAAUCUGCCGUGUCGAUGAAGAUCCGUCUAUUGAUGAGCAAAAUCGCAUGAACUGUACAGCAUUCAGCAAUCUACACACCUUCCUCCCCAGUGAGAUUAUAGCUGCCCAGAAUCUCAUGGUACUCGCUACCAUUGCGGGGGCAGUGCAAACAGGCUUUCUCUCUGUGGCCUUCUCCAAUAUAUAUAGGAAGGAAAAACAGAGAAAACACGUUGCCAACCUUUUUUUGAUUGCAGGCCUCCUAAAUUUAUCAUCGGGAAUAGGUGUCUUCAUUCCAAUUGUUUGGAAUAUGGUUUCCGUCUUGUCAGAAGUGCCAAUUUUCUUCCCUGAAGAUUUCCAUUUACCACAUAAACCAGAAUACCAGUAUGUUGGAGCUGCGCUUCUGGUUGGGCUGAUUUCUGCAAUUUUCCAGAUCUUGAGCGGAUGUUUUAUUCUGCGCAGUAAGCAUUUGGCAGUCAAGAAAAUAUCAGCAAUGGCAACAGAGGCAUCUGCAAGGGCAAGUGAAACCACUCUUUGUCAAAAGUGUUCAUUGUCCUUAGUGCCUAAAACCCCAAAGCCAGAGGAAUCUGCUUCUGUGACCAUCGACAGCCCAUUGGACGUGCGACGCACUGAAAACCCAUCUGUGAUUGUCCAGAUGGAUAACUUCUCUGAAGACGUGACCAAUCCCAGAGAGCCUGUUCCAUCAUUGCCCCAAAGUCACAUUAUAUUGGUGACUCCAUACAUUGAACCAACAGUUGGUGAUGAAUCUAAAUAAUCAGAUUCUAAACACACCAGGACAUGAACUGUGAACAUUUGAAAUUUAUUGAAACCUUUGAAAGGGAUAGUGGGUCUGUUUAUGUUGCAGGAAUAUUUGUUUGUUUGUUUGUUUGUUUGUUUAUUGCUGUAGGGGUUGUUUUUAUACUUUGGGGAUAACUUUUGUGCUGUUAACAAUAAUGGUUGUUUUCAUGGUAUAGGCUACAAUUAUCUUUGAUAGUUUUGUGUUUCUCAUCUUUUAUUAAAAAUAUCCACCUAUUUUAAUCACA